AUGGCCAGGAUGCUGCUGCUGUUCGCAUUAUUGGGUUGCCACGGCAACUAUGCUCAGGCCGCUCUCCGUUUGCGUCAUUCGAGUCGUCUGCUGAGCACUACGCCCAGCACAGUGGCCACAACCAGCAGCGGCAGCAGUGAAACCACUAUCAUCACGGAGCAGCAGCAGCAACCGCUGCCAGAAACGGAGACAUCUGCUGUCGAUCAGAUUGGCAUCAAGGAGAAGGAGCAGACGGGCAAGCACAAGCGUGGAAUACUUCAUGGUGGCGGUGCACUUGGACCGCAUUGGCCCGCCCGCACCUAUGCCGCCCAGUAUGGCUAUAGUUUGCAGCUACCCGCUGGUGCGAGCUUCUUUGCAGCUGCCCCACCUCACGCUCAUCAUCGUCAUCACGGUUUUGUCAAGUAUCCGGCCGGGUUGGCGGGCUAUCACAUCAAACCGUAUGCACCUGCUGCAGCAGCGGGCUUUUUGCCCACAGCUACUGCACUGUCACCAGCAGUGUCUGGUGUGCUACCAGGUGUAACUGGUGCACUACCAGCUGUGACUGGUGCACUACCAGCACUACCGGCUCUGCAGGGUCUGCCUGCGGUGGGCGGCAUUGCAGCGGCAGUCACUGGAACACCUUCGUAUGUGCUGCGUCCCGGCAAUGCUCUCGUCUCCACCUACAGUGUCAACUAUCCGCAUCAGCAUCUGCAUCGACCUGUGAGGCCCCUACACUUCCAUCAAGCGGUUCAGCCCACUUAUGUCCAGGCCAUCGCACCUGGUCCACCAGCGGUACCCGUCCAGCCAGUGCAUCCCGUACAACCGGUACAGCCUUUGCCUGCUUUGCAGCCGAGUAUUAGUUUUGCCGCUGCCAGUCCGCCGGUCGCCGAGUUUCCCGUUUUCCAGCCAUUUCCGACACCUCCAUUUGCUGGGCAGCCCACGCCAGAUGUGCCUGUAAUACCACAAGUGCCACAGGUGCCACAAGUGCCGCAAGUGCCACAGAUACCAGAUAUUCAGCAGAUUCCUCAGAUUCCACAGAUUCCGCAGAUACCGCAAAUUCCACAGUUUCCGCAGUUUAGUAUUCCACAGUUCCCGUUUAUACAGGUGUCACAGUUUCCACAGUUGCCACAGGUGCCCAGCAUUCCUAGCACUCCCGCCGUUCCAGUUCUCCCCGCCGUUCCACCUGUGCCCACUAUUCCCGCUGUACCCGCUGUUCCAGUUGUGCCCGCUACUCCUGCUGUUCCAGUUAUUCCUACGGUUCCUGCUGUGGCGGCUAGUCCCGCUUUUCCCGAUAUUCCCGCUUUUCCCGCUAGUCCCGCUUUUCCAGCAAAUCCUGCUUUCCCCGCACGUCCCACUUUCCCCGCCCGUCCCGCCUUCCCAAUCAAUCCCGCUUUUCCCGCUGCACCGCCCAACACUCAAUUCUUCCCGGCCGCCGUCCAGCCACCGCUGCCCCAGCAGCCGCCCACUUUUGUGCAGCCUGAAGCGCAAUUUCCGGGCGGCAUUGUGCCACUACCCGGAUCGCAACCCGUCCGGCCAGAGACGGGCACAGCGAUCGCCUCACCACAGAUACCCAACACGCCACGGCCGGAAUCGGAGCAGCCCGAGCAGCCCGCUCUCCCCGCACCGCAACCCGCACAACCCGGACAAUCGCAACAGCCCUGGAAGCCGAUCUUCUAUCAGCCACCAGCAACACACAGUCGCCCAUCCGUAACCCUUUUGCCACCCUACGGAAGUGCACCAGCUGAGGGCUAUCUACCACCAGCUGGUACCCAAGUGGCACAGCUGACUGCCGCCGGAAACAGUUUUCAGGGCAUCUUCGAUCAGCUGAGCGAUGCCGAAAUCGAGCACAUUUUCGCCCAAGCCAAUCUCGCACAAAAGCAACAACAACAGCAGCAACAGCAACAACAACAGCAGCAACAACAACAACAACAACAGCAACAACAACAGCAUCAUGGCUAUCAGCUCUACUGA